UUGUCCAACUACUAUAAUCUAGCUUCAAUUUCCCAUCAGAAAACUUCUGUCAAACGCGUUUCCAAGGUGAUUAUAAUGAAUAUAAUGACAAUGUUGUUUGAUUUUCUGACAAUCUAUCUACUUACGCAUGUGUCAAUUGCUAUUUUUGGGUAACUAAUUUUUAUUUUCGGAAUGACGUCUUUUAAGAAUUCUUUAAAAGAAGCCAAGUUUGUUGGGCUUCUUCAUUCUUAGUUUUUUUUGUUGUUGUUGAACAAUUUGGAAUAUUUCUAAUAUAAAAUUUAAAUAGCUACUAAAUAUCUAACAAGAUUAUAAAUUAUAAUCUUUUGAAAAUCCUUUUCUAAGCCAACUGAAACAAAUAUUCCGCUUUUAUUCCAGAAAAAAAAUGAGUGAUUUCCAACUUAAAUUUCUUCCAAGUCUCAAAACAUAUCCGUUUUCUUUCUUGCUCCCUCAAUUUCUCUGCUUCUCCUUGACAACCUUUUUGCAGCUGCCCUACAUCGAUUCAUUUUUCAUAUUCGUUUUUCGCUUCAAAAAUCUUCCAUCCAAUUUUUUUCAGAAAAGAAACAUGGGUGAAUUGAAUUCAAGUUUGUGUCAAUUGAAUUGGUUGAUCGCAAAAGGUGGAAUGAAUGAAGAAACUGCGAAAAAUCAAGAGGUUUGUUGAUUUUUUGAAAAUCACAACAAGACACGGCUACUUGUAACCUGGACCAUCUAGGCGCUGAUCAUUGAAAAUUGAACUUUCUAGGCGGGGCUACUUUGCAUAGAACCUCUCAAGGCGUUUCUCCUUGUCGUAACGAAUCUCCGAAUGCGGGUCUUAGGUUCUCUAGGCUCAGCUACUUGACACACAAGCUUAUCAUCUAUUUUUCAGUUCUCCUCUUCUUCUUCCACCUCAAAAUCCGCAAAAUACAAGAACAAAAGUACAACUUGGCUAAAUGGCGAAGAAAAACCUCCAUUUUCCUAUUCGGAAUUGAUCAAAUUCGCAAUCGAUGGAACAUCUUCAAAAAGAUGUACACUUUCCGGAAUAUACAGUUAUAUUGCUGAAAACUUUCAAUUCUAUCGAGAAAAUCGGAAUCCAAGUUGGCGGGUAAGGCUUUAUAGGGCGAUUUGACAUUCUCGAAAUUCUUUCAGAACUCAAUUCGACACAAUCUCUCAUUAAAUCGACAAUUCAAACGACUCGAUAAAAUGGAUGGAGACAAAGCUUGUUAUUGGAUCUGCGUUCAACCGCCACAGAAGAAACCUCGAAUUCUAGGAGGAGCACCGGCGAGAAUAAAUCCAGCGAUUGAGAAAAUGUUUUUGAGCAAGAAACAACCGAAAGAACCUUCUGAUCAACAUCUAUCCGUUAGUUUCGCUAGAAAUAUUUAGAUAUAAAUAUAAAAAUUGUUUUUUUUUUUCUAGGAAAAAGAGAUCCAUGAGAUGAAUUUGUUUGAAUCGUGUGAUUUGAAUGGUUCAUUUCGCGCGGUUUACGAUCAAAUUUUCGAGAAAAAUCCUCAAAAUGACAAAGGAAAACAGGCGGCACAAAUUGACUGGUUGAAAAUAAGCUUAGAAACUGCAGGUUUGGAUUAUAACGAUGAACAAGAAAUGAAUAAUGUCGAUACGGAUAAAUUCAAAGGUUUGAUUUUCAAAUUAUGUAUUUGGAAUAUAAUCAUUGUUUUCAGAAUACAUGUCAACUAAUACAUAUUCCGAACAUAGUUCGAUGAAUUCUCGAAGUGUUUCAGUUGAAUCAUCCGGUUCGACUUCAUACAUCGGAAUAGUUCCGAUUCCACCAAAAGAUGAUUCAGAUGAUGAUUUCGACUGGAAUCUCAUCAUCUAA